CGUCCUUUAAAUCCAUUUACUCUUUAGUGUUGUUUUGUGGACGUGGAGUGUACUCCCAGUAUCUCCUUUGCAAAUGGGCUCCGUAGCCUAGCGUUUUCUCCCCUGAGCCAGGUCACCUGUGGUCUCGAGCUGCUGGGAUUCUGCUGGGCGCAGCCUUAAGUCUUCAAGGGUUUACAACUUGCACAAGAACAAAGAUCAAGAAACAUGGCAGCAAUCCCGUCAAGCGGCUCCCUUGUGGCAACCCACGACUAUUACAGAAGGCGCCUGGGUUCCACUUCCAGCAACAGCUCCUGUGGAAGUGCUGAGUAUGGGGAAGUCAUCCCUCACCAUCCAGGUCUCCCCAAGUCUGACCCUGGACACUGGUGGGCCAGCUUCUUCUUUGGAAAGACAACCCAUCCAGUUAUGACAACUGUGUCGGAAUCCCCAGAGAACUCAGGAACUUUCCAGGUGGCGAACGGCAUGAUCACAUGUGGCCUGGCUCAGGAAGUGAUGAGGAAGCGGCAUGCCAGCGAGCCCAGCAAACCGAACGCAGGUCCCACUGCAUGAGGAGGCUGAUGCCCCUGGCCUGACACUUCUGACGAACGCUAGGAGACAGAGCCCAUUUUUUCACUCCCCCCCUCCCUGUAGAGUAGGUUGGCUGCUUCGAGUACUUACUUAGACGUAGGGUUUUAUAAAAACAAAAAUGGCAACUUAAAAAAAAAAAACUUCUACACCGUCCUUUUCUACACUCUUGGUAAAUGCAGCUACGUCUUUUUUUUUCCCCCCACACAGCCUUGUUAACACUUAAUUUCUGUUUCAUUUUUGUACUCGUCUAACGGAAACUAAUAAAUCCUGAGCAGCCUUUUAAA